AUGAUCUCGCAAUCCUCCCUCGUCCAGCUGAGAAACCUCGUUGCAUCAUGGUAUAGGCUGGCCUUGCUCUCACUACUGCUUUUUCCGCUAGGUCUGCUCGGACUGUAUCUCUACAACACACCCACCACAUGGAAGGACAGUCGACGAAAGCACCUACCACCCGGUCCCAAGGGAUAUCCAUUCAUCGGCAAUCUUUUAGACCUCGCAGAUUCGGAGCUUGUUAGACACAAGGCAAAGCAGUGGCAUCAGCAGUUUGGGGAUAUCUUCUACACAAAGAUAGGUGGCACCGACUACAUUUGGUUGUCAUCGCCCAAAGCCGUAAAAGAUUGCCUCGAUAAGAAAUCGAAUAUCUAUUCGUCUCGUUCGCCGGCACCCUUUGCUCAAAAUGUUGCGAGUGGGGGGAAACGCCAGUUUUUCACGGCGUACGGCUCUGGAUGGCGAAAUUUACGUAAAUCGAGCCAUGUGUUGCUCAAUGCUACGAGCGCCGUCAAGUAUCAGCCAAUUCAAGAUUUCGAGUCGAAGGAACUUUUGGCCAAUUUCCUCGAGACACCAGAAAGAUUCUACGAGCACAAUCGCCGGUAUAGCUCCUCUGUAAUUAUGCUGCUUACAUAUGGGUAUCCUAUCUAG